AUGAAGACUCCGGCGCCUCUCCACUCUCUUCGACGUCACAACACUCUAGAUGUACACAAUGAGCGACGAGAAGAGCCUCGUCUUGGAGAGCCAAGGGGAUGCGCCGACUUUGAGGCAGAAAAAACGCCCCUUCAAUUUACUCUGGUUGUUUCUCUGUAUCAUUGUAGCCACCGCCUGGUUCACACUGUCGCGCUCCCCUUCACCCCCCCGAGCAUCGAGGAAAGGGUGCAGAAGAUCCUGUCGCAGACUCCAUUGAUCGAUGGUCAUGAUGACUUUCCCAUCUUGGUCCGGGAAGUCUUCCACAACCGCGUAAAUGAUCGCAACUUCACCGAGGCUUUUGUCAAGGGGAAAUUUCCCGGCCACGUUGAUAUCCCUCGAUUGAAACAAGGUAGGGUUGGUGGGACGUUUUGGAGUGUUUUUGUGCCCUGUCCCAAGAAUGGGACCGAUUUCUCCGACGAGAAUUACGCAGCAAGCGUGCGGGAGACGAUGGAGCAGGUGGACAUCAUGUCCAGGGUUCAGCAAGCCUAUCCCAAGGUCUUCUCGAGUCCCCCAAAUGGUACCUCUGCCAUGUCCGCUUUCCGCGAGGGAAAGAUCAUCUCACCGCUUGGUAUCGAGGGCUUGCAUUCGAUCGGCAACUCACUGGCUCAUCUCCGGAUCUUCUAUGAGCUGGGAGUUUCGUACGCAACUCUGACGCAUAAUUGCCAUAAUCGGUAUGCCGACGCCGCCAUUCUCGAACUUCCAGGCGGGGGAGUAAAAAAAUCCGAUCCUCUCUGGCAUGGCGUCAGCGAAGAAGGCCAGAAGCUGGUGUUUGAGAUGAACCGCCUUGGGAUGAUUGUUGAUUUAGCCCAUGUCAGCACGGAGACCAUGCGUGAUGUGCUUGGCGCCGGCAAGUCCGAAUGGAUAGGGAGCCGUGCUCCAGUGAUCUACAGCCAUAGCUCAGCCUAUGCACUCUGUCCCCACCCGCGCAACGUACCCGACGACAUCUUGGAGCUGGUCCGGGAGAAGAACUCACUGGUUAUGGUGAAUUUUUCACCAGACUUCAUUUCCUGCACGGCUUCUGACCGCGCCGAUGGGAUCCCAGACGCGGACCCUAUUCACGCCACUCUGGAACGAGUUGCCGAUCAUAUCCUGUACAUUGGUAAUCUUGUAGGCUUCGAGCAUGUCGGAAUAGGUAGUGAUUUUGAUGGUAUUCCAACGGUUCCUCGGGGAUUGGAGGAUGUCUCCAGGUUCCCGAAUCUGAUCAAGGAACUGCUGAAACGAGGAGUCAGUGACAAAGAUGCAAGUAAGGUGGUAGGAGGCAAUCUAUUGAGGGUAUGGAAGAAGGUUGAUGAGGUGGCGCUUGAGAUGCAAGCCGAGGGUGCACUGCCUGUGGAGGACUAAUCAUUUGAAGCAAUUUGGGUUGAUUUAAUCACAAAUUUCCUAAGAGUGGUGCUAUCUUGAAUGUCAUAGUUUGAGAAUUUGCAACCACAAAGCUUUUUGGAGUGUAUGUCGUCGAAAUAAACCAACUUUGGAACGUAGAGGAACUGCAUAUUGGAAGUUCAUCUUGACAUUGC